AUGAACACCGGCAAGCGCCAAAAGCAGCGCAAGGUGCUGCUGAUGGGCAAGAGCGGCGCCGGGAAGUCGUCCAUGCGCUCCAUCGUCUUCAGUAACUAUGUCGCCAAAGACGUGCGCCGGCUCGGGGCUACAAUCGAUGUAGAGCACAGCAAUAUCAAGUUCAUGGGGAAUCUCAUGCUCAACCUGUGGGAUUGUGGUGGUCAAGACGGAUUCGUGGAGAACUACCUCACCCACCAGCGCGAGCAUGUCUUCGGCAGCGUCGCUGUCCUUAUCUUCGUCUUCGAUGUCGAGUCGCGCGAGUUCCAGGCCGACGUUAUCUCCUAUUCAGAAAUAAUCCGCGCGCUCCAGGAAUGCUCGCCGACGGCCAAGGUCUUCUGCCUCAUCCACAAAAUGGACCUCGUGCAAGCGCGGCUGCGAUUACAGCUCUUCGAAGAAAGAUCCGAAUAUAUACGCUCGGCUAGUGAGGGCUUCAAAGACACCGUCGAAUUCUUUCCGACUAGCAUAUGGGACCAGAGCUUGUACAAAGCGUGGACGCAGAUUAUCUACUUCUUAAUCCCGAACGCCGCGACCAUAGAAACUUUACUACAGCAACUGGCGGAGGUGAUAGAUGCCCGCGAGCUCAUCCUCUACGAGCGAACAACAUGCCUCAUGGUUACCCACGUGACGCGUGGUCUUGAAGCCCAGAAUCCGUUCACAGACCGUUUCGAGCGCAUAUCAAGUAUACUGAAAACGCACAAGCAAUCCAUGGCUAAACACACCGGCAUCCCAGCCGGCAGUGCAAACUUCGCCGAGAUGCAAAUCAAAACCGGCCGCUUCAUGUUCUUCAUCACCCGCCUUACCGAAAACACCAACCUAGCCGCCUCGAUCCCGCCCUCUGAACAGGUCUUCAACGCCGCACGCAUCAACAUCCUACUCGCCCGUCCCCGAUUCGCGGAACUCGACAUCGCCAGCCGGCCGAAGCAGCAGGCAUUUGCUCAAGGCGCAGGCAUGGCCGAGAGUGCGGAGAGCGUGGGCGAGGACGCCAAGAGGCAGCUAGAGAGCGCGUCGUAA